AUGACUAUGAGAAAAUCAUUCUGUUUANACUACCUUUAAAGAAUUAAAUUUCAACGAACUUUAUGCUGUAAGAAUUUGAAGAAAGACCUCUUUAUGGAAAUUAAAUCGUUAAAAUUAUUUUGUCUCAAAAAUUUUGAGUCCAAAGAAUAAUUUCUCUAAUCGAAGUAUAUUAAAAAAAAAUAGAAAGAAUUAUAUAGUUUUGUAAUAUAGAAGCUUUAUUCUUAAAAUAAUUCAAGAAAUUUACCUGAUCUUUAGAAUGGAUAAAUAGGAAUAAAAAAUAAUUCUCAAACUUCCCCAUGUUAUGGAUAGAAAAAAUAGUAUAAAAUUCAAAUAGAAUCAUUGAAAGGAGAAAAUUUAGCUAUUUUAAAGACUGAAUUCCAGGUUUGA